AUGGUAAAGAGCGAGUUCUACGAGAUCUAUGGGUCUGGGUUCCGUUCGCUCUGUAUAGGAAGCGAACGGAACCCGCAACGGCACAGUCGAAUGAAGAAGUCUCUUGCCGCGGCGUUCUCCACGAGGGCCCUGGCAGAGCAGGAGAGUAUCAUCAGUAGUUGUGUGGACCGCUUUCUUGAUCGGCUCAGAGAAGAUGGCCACUCCUCGACUGGACUGAACAUGACUAAAUGGUUUGAGAUGCUCGCGUUCGAUCUGCUGGGCGAAAUGGCCUUUGGGGAAUCAUUCCACUGUGUCGAAACCGGCAAAUCGCACUUCUGGUCCGAUAUGAUUGAAGAGCACCUGUACUUUAUCACCAUCCUCGAUAACCUACGCCGAUAUCCGGUCUUCGCUGCAAUAGGGAAGCUGAUCCUGCCGGGACUCACGGUGGGUGUUCGCAACAGACACACCAACUACAGUCGCAACAAGGUCAUCCGUCGUUUGGAAGCAAAAUCCCCUCGCGCCGAUUUCAUGUCGCAUUUGAUCAAAAAGGUGGAGGACGGGGAAAUGGAACUGGAGGAACUGAGCGCCCACGCCUCCACUCUUGUUAUUGCCGGUGGCGAAACAGUAGCCACAUUCCUGGCUGCCACCACCUAUCAUCUCCUAUCCAACACAUCUGUCUAUCACAAACUGCGUUCUGAGAUCCGUAAUCGCUAUCGCUUCGCGUCCGACAUCAACGCUACCAGUGCCCUACAGCUACCAUAUCUGCAAGCGGUCAUCUCCGAAGGAUUGCGAAUCUAUCCCCCGGGCUCGCAAGGCUUUCCUCGUAACACCCCCGCCGAAGGGGUUGUGGUCGAUGGAAUGCAUAUCCCAGGAAAUGUCGAGGUUUAUACAUCCGCCUGGACUGUCACGCACGACACGCGCUACUUUCACAGCCCGUUUGAAUUCAAUCCAGACCGGUGGCUGGACCAGGACUGCACCGAUAUUAAAGAGGCGAGCCAGCCGUUUUCGCUGGGCCCAAGGGGCUGUUUGGGUCGGAACUUUGCCAUGAUGGAGAUCUCGCUAAUACUUGCGAAAAUGCAUUUCGUCUUUGACGCCGAACUAGUCAACCGUGCUCAAGGCUGGGAGAGCGAAAGUCGCCUGCACGUGAUGUGGUGGAAGCCCUCACUAGCGGUGCGGUUCUAUCCCGCAGAGGUUGCAAAGACCGGGGGCUCUGUAUAG